AUACGGAAAAGGCAGUGUGACGUUUCCUGUAAUAUCAAAAUGGCUGACUUUGACGAAUUUGAGAACCCUGCUCCUCAACAAUCAGAGGACGAUCCAGCUGCAGACUUUUUAGCCCGAGAACAAGAUGAGCUAAAAGGCCUAGAAGACGAUAACUUUGGUGGAGAAAAUGCUGGAGGGGCUGAUUUUGAUCCAUUUGGAGGUGCUGGAGAACAAACAGGAGGCUCACCACAGCCAACAGAUGACUUUACUGGGGGAGAUUUUACUGGAGGUGAAACAGCCCAGUUUGACUCAACUGGUGACAUGGGUGAAACUAAUGAACAAGAUACAGGGGCAAAUGACGCAUACUCUGCCAUAACUCAGGUAGACAAACAACGUGCUGAACCUGAGAAGAUUCGUCUGUGGAGAGAAGAAAACACGCGCAGAAUAGCAAAGAAAGAUGAAGAAGAAGAGAAACGUGUUAAAGAAUGGAGAGAUAUAGCAAAGAAGGAAUUAGAUGACUGGUAUAAACACCACGAGGAGCAGUUGACCAAGACCAAAGAGAACAAUCGUGAGUCAGAAGCAGCGUUCGUUGCAGAGAGGGACCAGACUCAACCAGGAGAGGAGUGGGAAAAAAUUUGCAGACUGUGCGAAUUCAACCCAAAGAAUUCAAAGAACACAAAAGAUAUCUCCAGAAUGCGUUCCAUCUUACUGCAGUUGAAACAAACACCCUUAGUCAGAUAAAUACGACAGUAUAAACAUUAAACUGUGUUAUUAAUAUAGGAAUAUUGUAUGUAAGAAUAAAAUGUUGUGAAAAUCACUAUGUAUUUAUAGUAAAUGUAUAAAAGAAAUUGUUUUGAUUUUUAUCAGUGUUUUUUUU